AUGCUUUCUCACGUCAAGUUGCAUUUUACAAACACUUAUCCCUAUCUGAUGCGACCGAGUCUUUUGCGCUGUGCCGAAGUGCAGAGGAAGUAUGAAAAGACAUGUGCUAUGGCAAAUGCUAUCAAACAAUCAAAGCAUCUACAUAGUCUCAUGAAAUUCUACUCUAAGCUUGCACCUGAUGAGUGCAAGUGGGAAUUGGUUGAUAGCAAAGAUUGA